AGCAGAAUGCUCUGGCAUCCAAACACCAUGAGGUGAGGAUGCCCCAAAUCCAUCAGGGACAUCUGCUUGCAAGAGAAUGAUAGCCUUCAGCCUGAGGUUUAGCUAGCAUCCACUAAUGUGGCAACACUGGACUGCACGCACCAUCUUGACCGUAAGUCCUGCGACCUGAGGUCACACCAACUCAGCUGAAAAGACAUGUGCCAGAGUAUGCUGUGAAUGCCGCACAGCGCCCGCCUCUCAGACGUCUCCCGGCCAAAGGAUUCAACCUCGCCUGGCCCCGCCCCGCAGCGACUAGGCCCCGCCCCCGCGGAGGCCCCGCCCUUCCUCCCGAGGAAACGGAAGUGGGCGUCCGGAAGCCGGAAGCGGGAGCGCGGCUGCCGAGCUCGAGUCGCUGCGAGCUGCCGCGGCCGAGGGGCGGCGGGCGGAGCUGGCGAUGGCGGAGAAGUUUGACCACCUGGAGGAGCACCUGGAGAAGUUCGUGGAGAACAUUCGGCAGCUCGGCAUCAUCGUCAGCGACUUCCAGCCCAGCAGCCAGGCCGGGCUCAGCCAGAAACUGAACUUCAUUGUUACGGGCUUACAGGACAUAGAUAAGUGCAGGCAGCAGCUGCAUGACAUCACGGUGCCUCUAGAAGUCUUUGAAUACAUCGAUCAAGGUCGGAAUCCCCAGCUCUACACCAAAGAGUGCCUGGAGAGGGCUCUGGCUAAAAAUGAGCAAGUUAAGGGGAAGAUUGACACCAUGAAGAAAUUUAAAAGCCUGCUGAUUCAGGAACUUUCUAAAGUGUUUCCAGAAGACAUGGCCAAGUACCGGAGCAUUCGGGGGGAAGAUCACCCACCUUCCUAAGUGUGUGAAGACCCCCCAUACCCCUGUAAUUGCCGGACGACCCAGUGAGAAGCUGUGCCUGCCGAUGCUGCCUUCCAGCCACGUGAACUGGCCUCGCCCUCCUCCUGCGCCCAUCAUUGACCUGUGCGCCUCAGGGCUGGAGGACUAGAGCUGUCCCAGCUGUCCUCAGCUUGUCCCUCGGUGGCCCCGUCUUUCUUAGGGAAAACAGGCAGGAAGACAGCCUUGCUGAAAUGUGAAGUGUGAUUGGGAUUCUACUUGACACUUUCUUUUUAUGUACUCCGUUCUGUUACAGUAUCCUAAGACAAAACUGGGUUUUAUAUUUUACAUUUUCAGAUAUGGUGCAUAAGAACGUAACUGUUUUCAUGAGUUUCAACUAAACAUAAUAAAGUCUUAAGUUUUACAUGA